CCUUCCCUUCGUCCAAGCACCGUGUGUUACUUUUGCACCACAAACUCGUCAUCCACACAUUGAUUACCAGACAACAUGUCGACCGGCACUAUGAAAGCAGUUGUUUUCAACGGACCGGGAAAUGUCUCCGUUGAAGACCGUCCAAUUCCUCAGAUCAAGGACGACAGUGAUAUCAUUGUUAAAGUUGACAAGACAGCGCUGUGUGGCAGCGAAUUGCAUGUCUUCCGAGGUCACCAACCCUCUGGCACUGGCUUUGUCAUGGGACACGAGUUCACUGGACAUGUCCACGAGGUUGGCUCAGCAGUCAAGUCAGUCAAAGUUGGUGAUCGAGUCGUCUCGCCAUUCACAACGUCUUGUGGAGAAUGCUUCUAUUGCCAACAUGGAUUCUCCUCACGGUGCAAAAAGUCCUUGCUGCUUGGCUCAACCGUCUUAGAUGGUGCACAAGCACAAUAUGUUCGCGUUCCAACAGCCGAUGGCUCCGUUAUGAAGGCGCCGCCUAUGAUCAAGGACGAAGCCCUUGUCCUAAUGGCCGACAUCUUUCCCACAGGUAUGUUCGCAGCCAAGAACGGAUUCAAACACUCGACACCCGAGGAGAUCAAGGACAGUGUUGUGGUUCUUAUUGGCUGUGGCCCGGUAGCUCUAUGUGCUCUUUGCAACAUUACCGACUACAAACCAAAGCACAUUCUCGCUGUAGAUUCCGUACCGUCCCGUCUCGAGCUGGCCAAAUCUCUCGGUGCUGAACCAUGGAACUUCCAAACCGAUCGCGAAGGCCUGGACAAGCGCGUCAAAGAACUCACUGAUGGAAGAGGUGCCGAUAUUGUUAUUGAGGUUGUCGGUCUUGCACCUGCAUUGAGGAUGGGUUUUGAGCUGCUGAGACCCUGGGGCGUCAUCUCGAGUGUCGGUGUCCACAAUGCUGAGAUACCCUGGACUGGCAACGAGGCGUACGGCAAGAACCUGAGGGUACAAAUGGGCCGAUGCCCCGUCAGAAGCAUCUUCGCCGAAGCCCUCGAGAGUCUGGAGAGGCACCAAGACAAGCUCGGAUUCAUGGCCGACAAGAUCAUGCCCCUGAGUGAGGCUGUUGAAGGCUACGACAUCUUCGAUAAGAUGAAGGUGCAAAAGGUUGUCUUCGAGGCGCAGAAGUGAUUAGGCCGACAACGUGUAUUCGACUUCAAGGUGCGGUGCAUUGGGAGGUGUUGAGGCAGUGAUAGGAGUAUGAGGCAAUUGUUGGGUGGGAUGCAGCGAUACUGAGCAUGGGUACAUGCAACACGCAGGAGCGAUUCGUCCAUGAGUCUUCAUAGUGGAAUCUUUCACGCAUCCUUUUCAGCCCUUAGCAUGACUCGCCAUACAAUUCAUUUACACCAAUCGGAGGAACCAGCGGUUGAGCAUCCAAUCGUGACGCACCGUCCAUGCCUUUUCUGCCCUGGUACUGCCGCGCAUGGGUACGUGAUGGCUGUUGAGCCGCCGUUUCGCUGGCCGUGCACAGCCUGCGGGGUCGCUCUGAGGUGGACGGGGCGCGUUUGCACCAAGUCGCAGCAAUUCACGCCCGUGAUCGUGCCC